GGCCCGAGUGACUGCCGCGGUGGGUCUUCUGGGAACUCCAGCCCUUCCCGGCCUUCGGCUUCAGACCGCGACCAUCAUCUGACAGUCUCCGGGAUGCCUGGUCCAACCCCCAGCGGCACCAACGUGGGCUCCUCGGGACGCUCUCCCAGCAAAGCCGUGGCCGCACGCGCGGCGGGAUCCACCGUCCGGCAGAGGAAAAAUGCCAGCUGUGGAACAAGGAGUGCAGGCCGGACCACCUCAACAGGCACUGGAGGGAUGUGGCGAUUCUACACCGAGGACUCUCCAGGUCUCAAAGUUGGCCCUGUUCCAGUAUUGGUUAUGAGUCUUCUGUUCAUUGCUUCUGUAUUUAUGUUGCACAUUUGGGGCAAGUACACGCGUUCAUAGAUUCGACUUCAUCCAUCUGUCUGUCAUCUGAAGAAGAAGAAAAAAAAAUUCAACAUAUCUUGGACCAAAAGCAUGAUUUUUCUGUUCAUGGGAAAGAAAUUUUCUGUAAGCUUAUUGUUUUACAGGCAAUAAGAAAUCAGUUUUUUUCUAUGGGUAAUAAAGUUUAUAAU